GUCAGACUGCCGAGGCGGCAGGGGGCGGCAGCGGCCAUUUUGGAGCAGAGAGCGGGGCCGGGCGGCGCGGAGGCAGCGCGGAGGCAGCGCGGAUCCACCGGGGUCGCCGCUCCCCGCCAUGGCCGCCCCGCUCGGCACCGGCACCCGCACGGAGGAACCCGGGCAGGAAAAACAGGACGCGCAGGAGAAGGAGCUCGCCCACCCCGAGCGAGCGGAGGAGGCGAAGCUGAAGGCGAAAUACCCCAACCUGGGCCAGAAGCCUGGAGGCUCCGAUUUCCUGAUGAAGAGGCUGCAGAAAGGGCAAAAAUACUUCGAUUCCGGCGACUACAACAUGGCCAAGGCGAAGAUGAAGAACAAGCAGCUGCCCAGCGCGGGGCCUGACAAGAACCUGGUGACGGGAGAUCACAUCCCCACGCCGCAGGACCUCCCGCAGAGAAAAUCCUCGCUUGUGACCAGCAAGCUGGCCGGGUAGCCUGCGCUCACAGGCUGUUUUAUUUUAUUUUUUUUCCCCCCGUUUUUCCUUUUUCUUUUGGUUAAUUGGAUUGAACUUCACUGUACCGUAGGGCUGGGAGCACCAGAAUCCACGUAGUUUAUGAGUAUUUACAGCAAACACACACCAAACCCUAGGAGAGGUGUCGGAGGCCGGUUUGCUGCCUUCGUUUUCACCCCGUUGGGAACCAUCCCUGCUUGCAGAGAGGAUUUUUUUUGAUUUAUUUUUUUUUUUCUCCCCUCUUGCCUUUUUGUUUCAGGCUUGAUAAACAAAACGAGGGCAGCGCCGGGGCUGCAGCCUGUGGGGCGCCACGUGCUCAGCACGCAGUCGUAGUAGGGUCAGUGGAAGGGCCCCGAGGGCUGCGCUGAUCCCAUCCCGAGCUCUGUCCCCGUUCCAGAGGCGAGGGGAGGGCGAGAGGACGCUGUUGGCUUUAGGGAUUCCCCUUGGGACAGGAGAGAAACCGCAGGAGGGAGGCAGCGGGCGGCACAGGUACGGCUUCCCUCGGGGAUGUGCCGAGCACCGGCACCACCGGGGCUGCUCUCGACGCUCACAUUUGCUGCUGGGGGGUCCGGAGAGACCCCAAAGGAGGGGAUUUCCCCUCUGUGGGGACGAGGAGCGGAGUGGGGACAGGAGAGCCACGUCCUGGGCUCCCCUCCGGUCCCUGCGUGGCCCGGUCAGGGCAGCAGCUGCGCAGCCUCCUCGUGCACCGCUGCCUGUCCCAGCUGUGUUUGUAAAUAGAUAACGAAUCGUAUAUAUAAAAAUAUAUCUAAUUUUGUACUUCUUCA